AUGGGUCAAGGAAACUGAUGACAAAGUAGAGCCAGUCAUUUCGAAGGGUUCAAAGAUAAAGCUAUUCAAAGCAUUAAAGAGCCUACUGAAAGAACAAUUAGUCGAAAUUUCAGAAUAGAAGGAAUCUCUAAACCCUGAAGACUUCUAAAAACUCAUAAGAAUUCUGGAUCUGAGGUUCCAGUAAGGAUAAAUAUCGUAAAUCACAACAAAUAUUACCAGAAGAAUAGCAAUUCAAAAAGAAUUAGCUCAUCACAAAGUAUAUCCAACUCCUCUGUAUACGAACACCAGAACGGUCGUAUAAAAUUCGUGACUGCCACAAAAAGACCUCUCCUCCCCUAUCUCCGCUCCAGUCAAGUUCCAAGUCCAAACUACUGAACACAUAUCCGCAAUCAGGUCUUCCCUCUCAGGAUCCUUACUAGGUGAAUGAGAGAAGAAGGAUGGGGAGAUAAGGGAGUAGAGAGAGGAGGAGGAGGGAGGAGGAGGAGGGAGGAGGAGGGGGUUAGUUUUGGGUGUUAA